AUGUCGGACUCCCCCCAAUCUCCUCCCAAGGAUGUUGACCAAGGUGUACAAUCACCGGAAGAGGAACAAAUGAACGAGCCUCAAGACCCACAGUCCGGUGGCCUCACCUAUGAGUUCGAGGUCAAGGAGCAGGACCGCUGGUUGCCCAUAGCCAAUGCGACGAGACGACAACGACGAUGA